CAGGUGUGGGGCUGAGCCGGCGAGCGCGGCCGCGGCGGGCGGCGGGCGGCGGGUGUCCGGUGUCGGGUGUCGGAUGUCUGGAGCAGCCGGCAGGGUUUGGUGAAUGGCACUUUGGAUAGGAUCUUUGGUGCUAGAUCCCAGAAGCCAGUUUGCUGAAUCAGUCGCUCUGGGUUGCUGGGCUGUGUGAAGGUUUGUGGGCACACCCAGCUUCCAGCCCAGGUGGAGGCACACCUGGAAGCCAUUUUCAGGAACUUUUGCCACAGGUGUAAAAGACUCCAGAACUACGAAGAUGCUGAAACAGAUACUAUCAGAGAUGUACAUAGAUCCGGAUCUACUGGCAGAGCUCAGUGAAGAGCAGAAACAGAUCCUGUUCUUCAAGAUGAGGGAGGAACAGAUCCGACGAUGGAAAGAAAGAGAAGCAGCAAUGGAAAAAAAGGAGUCCUUGCCAGUGAAAUCCAGACCAAAAAAAGAGAAUGGCAAAUCUGUUCAUUGGAAACUGGGAGCCGAUAAGGAAGUCUGGGUCUGGGUGAUGGGUGAACAUCAUCUAGAUAAACCCUAUGACGUGCUCUGUAAUGAAAUUGCUGAGAGGGCCCGGCUGAAAGCAGAGCAGGAAGCAGAAGAGCUCAGAAAAACUCAAGCUAGAGAAGCCACCAGUAGCUUGAAAGCAAAAUCACAAUACUAUGAUCUGCAAGCAUCAAAUAACUGGGAGACUCAGGAUAUCUGUAGGAAAGUGGCAGAAGAGGAGAUGAGACCAGCACCAGCCCUUGGCGAUGAGAAAAUCCAAACACCCUCCAGUUCUUCAAGAAAUAUUCAACAAAUGUUGGCAGAUUCUGUCAAUCAUAUGAAGACAUAUGGAAUUUACCAGAAGAAAGAAUCCAUAAAAACAAAACAAGGUGAAGAAAUAAAACAAAUAGAUGAAGAGAAAACCAAGCAGAUUUAUAAGAGCUGGAAAGAAGAUUCCGAGUGGCAGGCAUCUCUGCGAAAAUCCAAAGCAGCUGAUGAGAAGAGACGCUCCUUGGCUAAACAAGCUCGGGAAGACUACAAGAGGUUAUCCCUAGCGGCCCAAAAAGGAAGAAGCAGUGAGGGACUGCAGAGCCCCCCAAGUGUUGCACAGAAACCAAAAAGACCCCCCCUUCCACCCAAGCCUCAUUUCCUAUACACAGUGGGAUAUGCUAGAAAGCCUCUUAGUAGAAAUGAGGGAGUGACGAGGACAGCUUCCAGCUCUGCCCAGGAGGACAUCAUCCGAUGGUUUAAAGAGGAACAGCUACCGCUGCGAGCAGGCUAUCAGAAAACCUCAGACGCCAUUGCUCCCUGGUUCCAUGGAAUUCUCACACUGAAGAGAGCAAACGAACUUCUGAGCAUGGGUGUGCCAGGCAGUUUCCUGAUCCGAGUCAGCGAAAAGAUCAAAGGCUACGCCCUGUCCUAUCUGUCCAAGGACGGCUGCAAACAUUUCCUCAUAGAUGCCUCUGCGGACUCCUACAGCUUCCUGGGCGUGGACCAGCUGCAGCACGCCACCCUGGCAGAUUUGGUGGAAUAUCACAAGGAGGAACCCAUAACUUCCCUGGGGAAAGAGCUCCUUCUUUACCCCUGUGGUCAACAGGAACAGCCACCCGACUACCUGGAGCUCUUUGAGUGACAGACUCCAGCUGUGUGUGUCAUCUGGCAACUUCCAGCGAGGCGUACCACUGGACAGCCCCUGAAAUGGACAUUUAUGUGUGGAGCCAGAAUCACCCUACAGCACAGUCAGUACCGACCAGCUGAAAGUAGCCUUGGAGUCUGGAUUGAAAUCUCUCUUCUGCAUAAACUCUAGAGUUUAAUGUGAAGAGAAAAUUACCUCUGCAAUAUAUGUACUCAGAAAUAAAGGGUGAAGAUUCCCAUUUCAGCAAUUAGAUAAAAUGAAGGACACAACCUUGAUGCAUACAAUGAACAAAGAAAAAACACCUUUUAGGAAUUAAGGUGUACUUCAAAACCACUGGCUUGUGUGAAUUACUUUCUGACCUCUACAUUCCCUCUUUGGAUCACCUUAAAAGGUUUCAGGGUCCUGUGUAGAUGAAGUCUGGUGCUGACUUAGGAAUGCUGGCCCCCAAAAAGCCUUUUUUGAUGGCCAAGACGAUCCUUAAAAUACACUUCCAUUAUUGCAUAUGUUGGAAAAAUAGAAAAACAGAAGUUGCAAAUAUAAAUUGAAUGAGAAGUUACAAAAUGUAAGAUAAGAGCCUUAACGUGUACAAAAAUACAUACGGAUUGUGUGAAAGUCAGGAACAUCUGAGUUUGUUUCUUCAUUCUGGAGAACAAAGGAUAAAACACAUGCACAUGUAAGGUGUUAUUUAUUAGUGGUGCAUAGACAAGAACAGAACAAUCAAGCUGUUUGGGUGAUACCCUAUGUAAUUAUAGAAUCUGAUGUGCAUUAUUUACCCAUUUGCUGCUGUAUAGUUCUCCCUCUUCAUAAUGAAGUGAAAAGGGAGUUGAAAAUCACCUCCCAACCACCUCUGUUUAGCCCUGGGACACAGAUAUGUUCAGACAGGAGCCUUCUGCCCUGCUGCACACACCUGUACCCCCAACCUCCGGCAACCCUCAGGCCAGAUCCAAUCAAGGGAAUAGACUGGACAGUGACCAAGGAGGCUCUGAGCCACCUGGGGUCAUUUUAUUGUGGAAGAUGGAGAUUUACUUGUACUUCAGGCCCAACCCCUGUGUCAGCGUUCUUUUAAAGUGCCUUUUAAAGAUAACAGAAUGAUAUAUCAGCUUGUUCAUGAAGUUGUCGGUUGUCUAAGAUACUCCUAGACAGUGUAAAAUGUAAUCAGAGAAGAGGGUGCUGUGUGUGUAUUUUCUUUCUUUUUUUUAAUAAGAAAGCUUU